AGUAGCCAAUCUCAUUCAUUAGCUAUUACUCUCUUCUUCUUCUUCGUCCUUUUCUCCGUCUAAAAUAUCCCAUUACUAGUUUCUCUUCUGCAGUGUUGCUUUCUUCUCUAUCUGGUUCUUUAAGCUUCACCUUUCAUGGUGUUUGCUCUUUUUACCCAGUGAAACACAAAGCUUGUAGAUUUACAGAGGCCACAAAUCUUCUUGUUAUUGUUUCUGUUCAGGUUGGCGCAUAACUAAUAAAGAAAAUGAAGAAAAUGAAGUACGUGUUGGUGACUGGAGGAGUAGUAAGCGGAUUGGGCAAAGGAGUUACUGCUAGUAGUAUUGGAGUUCUUCUUAAGGCUUGUGGACUUCGUGUUACUUCCAUCAAAAUAGAUCCUUACUUAAAUACUGACGCUGGAACAAUGUCACCUUUUGAACAUGGUGAAGUUUUUGUAUUACAUGAUGGUGGAGAGGUGGACCUGGACCUUGGAAAUUAUGAGAGAUUUCUAGAUAUCAAGUUGACAAGAGACAAUAAUAUCACUACAGGAAAAAUUUAUCAGGCUGUUAUUGAUAAGGAAAGAAGGGGAGAUUAUUUAGGGAAAACUGUGCAGGUUGUUCCUCAUGUCACAGACGAAAUUCAAGAAUGGAUAGAACGAGUAGCAAUGAUACCAGUAGAUGGAAUGCCUGGUCCUGCCGAUGUUUGUGUCGUCGAAUUGGGUGGCACUAUAGGAGAUAUUGAAUCCAUGCCAUUUAUUGAAGCUCUAGGACAGUUCUCAUAUCGAGUGGGAGCUGGUAACUUUUGCUUGAUUCAUGUCAGCCUUGUACCUGUUUUAAACGUUGUUGGUGAACAGAAAACUAAACCAACUCAGCAUAGUGUUCGUGGAUUGAGAGGUUUAGGUUUGACACCAAAUAUCUUAGCUUGUCGCAGCACAUCGGUACUAGAUGAGAAUGUAAAGAUGAAACUCUCUCAAUUUUGCCAUGUCCCAGCAGAAAAUAUCAUCACUCUUUAUGAUGUUCCCAAUAUCUGGCGCAUUCCUUUGCUUUUAAAAGAUCAGAAGGCUCAUGAAUCAAUUUUGAGAGUGCUGAAUCUUCUUGGUACUACUAGGGAACCUAACUUAAAGGAGUGGACUACUCGGGCCGAUAUCUGUGACAUGUUGCAUGAACCGGUCCGAAUUGCUAUGGUCGGGAAGUAUACAGGUCUUUCAGAUUCAUAUCUGUCAGUAAUAAAGGCUCUUCUGCAUGCAUGUGUUGCUUGCCGUAAGAAACUUGUUGUAGACUGGGUUCCGGCUUGCGACCUUGAGGAUCAAAUGGCAAAAGAGAAUCCUGAUGCUCAUAAGGUUGCGUGGAAGUUGUUAAAGGGUGCAGAUGGCAUUCUUGUUCCAGGAGGUUUUGGCGAUAGAGGUGUUCAAGGGAAAAUUCUUGCAGCCAAGUAUGCAAGAGAAAAUAGAGUUCCAUUCCUUGGUAUUUGUUUAGGAAUGCAAAUUGCAGUCAUUGAAUUUGCAAGAUCUAUUCUUGGUUUGCGAGACGCUAAUAGCACAGAAUUUGAUCCAAACACAAAGAAUCCUUGUGUCAUAUUCAUGCCUGAGGGCUCAAAAACACAUAUGGGAGGUACCAUGCGUGUCGGGUCAAGGAGGACUUAUUUCAAAGUCAUGGAAUGCAAAUCUGCAAAAUUAUAUGGAAAUAAAAGUUUUAUUGAUGAGAGACAUCGACAUAGAUAUGAGGUCAAUCCCGAUAUGGUCAGUCGAUUGGAGGAUGCUGGGCUCUUGUUCACUGGCAAGGAUGAAACUGGUCAACGAAUGGAGAUUGUCGAGCUGCCUAAUCAUCCAUACUAUAUCGGUGUUCAAUUCCAUCCUGAAUUUAAGUCAAGACCAGGAAAACCUUCUGCACUAUUCUUAGGGUUAAUAGCAGCAGCAUGUGGGCAAUUAGAUAGUCUCUUGCAAGGCCACAGGGUUCUCAGUGGAAUAGGAAAUGGAAAUGGCAUUGCAAUACAAAAAGUAAACGUUUGCCAAAAUGGAAAUGUUGCGAAGUUUGCGAAAAUUGCAGCGGAUGGUAUGUAUACCAACUUCAAUGGUGUGCACAUAUAGUUUGUUGCUGCUGCCAGGUGCAGAGUUCUUCAGGGGCCUAAGGUGGCCAUUUUCCCUAUUUAAAAACUAUGACUCUUCCCAAUCCUUUUCAUUGUUUGGGCCCUCUACCCUUAAUGAAGGGUGUUGCCUCCACCUUUGGCUGGUUGUUCCUCCACCUAAGCUGGUCAUGGCCCUUCCCCACUCUUAAAAACCAUACUCCUCCCCACCCUUGGCCCCCUCUGCCCUUUUAAAGAGAGCUGGCUCCGCCCCUGGUUGCUCCUGCUGCUGCAUUUUGUUAUAGGUUCAAAUUAUUUUCUGGAGUGAUACUUGUUCUGCUGAUACUCUUUAGGAUUGUUUUGUACAGUGAUUUGAGUAUGGGUGGGCGUUAUUAGCUUCCAGAGAGAGAGAGAUAAUAGAGCUUGUUCCCGGUCUUUUAAAUGGGACAGCUUUAUUGUAAUCUGCACUUGUACCAAACUUUCUGAUGUUUUUAGUGCUUUUAUAGCUGUACUGCAAUGAGAUUUCAACUCUCCUUUCUUAAGAUACUUCCAUUCUUCUGGUUUCAA